AUGCUAGACCCCUCAGCAAGAUUGAGAAAUGCCGUAAUAGCCGGCAAUCUCGCUAUAGUCAAACGAAUAUUAUCACGAUUUCCGGAAUUGUGGCUCAACGUCGACCCAAAUCAUCAAGGCUGGUCCAAUCUUCAUUAUGCAUCGUAUCAUGGUCAUUACUUGAUUUGUUUUCAUUUAAUCACUUUCAUCAAUAAAACAUUGGGUAAUUUGCAAAACGAGUACACUACGUUAGAUUUGUUGACAUUUGAUAACUUGAAUGUACUACAUUUAAGUAUGGAACAUCAUCAUUCACAAACUUUGCAUUACUUACUACAAGAGUUUCCUGGGAAAAUAUGGCUCAAUUCUGUGGGUGGAGAAAAUAAACAAUCACCAUUGCAUUACAGUUGUAAAUACAACUUCAAGGAAGGGACUAAUUUGUUGUUGGAAUUUGGCGCCGAUUACAAAUUAGUUGAUGGUAAUGGAGACACUUGUCUACAUUUAUGCUUCCAACACGGAAGUCUAGAUUGCUUGUGCGAGAUUUCCAAUUACAUCAUCACCCAAUCCAAGGGCAAAGAUUCGGCAAAGGCAGCAAUAGAAGCUUUUGAAAAAGUGAAAAACUCCAAUGGAUGGAUUGCAAAAGAUUUUGCUUCCAGUUUUGAAUUGAUUCAACAAUAUGAAGUUGUAAAAAGUCGCAGUUUGGCAAACUACAAUUAUACCACGCCACCGUAUGCAAAGAAUCAACUCUGGUUGGAUGCUGAAAAAGCCAAUAGCUCUUCACGAGUGUCAUUAGAAGAAAAUAAGGUAUUAACCAGUCCCAUCGUCCUGAUGUCUUUGCAACAACAAAAUCUGCCACUACCGUCAAGACCACAAUACAGAAGACAGCAUUCGCAAUCAUUGCCUAAUGAGCUAAAGACAUCUAGCAAUGACUCAAUUCAGACCUCUACAAGACAGAGGUCCAACACUACAUUCAACAAUAAGCCUACACCACUUAGCAUAUCAACAAAAUCUUCCCAUACUUCAUUACAUGGAAACUCUCUUGGGCUGGUACACGGAAUGGUUGCUCCAUUGACGCCAUUGAACCCACCAAAAACACCAUCUAUCAAGUCUGUCACUAUAUCACCAGUGGGAGCUGAUCCUGUAUCCUCAAGUAUUGAUAAAGAAAGAGACUUGGAGUCUCCGCAAUCUGUCUCCAGUGGCUCGUCAUAUUUCGCACAAUCAACUGAUCAUCAAUACACUACGAACACUAGAGCCCGCAAACCUUCAUUUUCAAAAGCAUCGGCAUUGCCCUCAAUUAGUUCCCCAGCGGUUAGCACAUACGAAGAUGCUUCAUCUCAACAGGGCAUCUCACUUAAUAUCCAACCACAGCAACUUGAUAUAGAUCCAAGCCGCACAUCAUCAACUUCUUCCAUUGCAGCAAAAGUAGCUUUCACUUCCAGUAGAUCGUCGUUACACAAUGCAUCUGAUACCAGCCCAGCUAAGACAAGACCAAGACCAUCUUCGCGCCAACAUUCCAAUCUCAGCAACAGUCGAGUCAAUAGUUUCAAUAGUACCUCAAGCACAAAUAGUGCUACCUACAGUAUUCCACAAGCAACUUCAGUAUCAAAUAGCUCCGGAUCAAGCUUUGAAACAAUGCAUCGAAUCAAAGAUGGUUCUGAAAAUAGCGAUUCAAACGUGAGCACAUCGAAAACUAAUAUAAACGAUUUUAUAUUGAGGAAAUCAAGGUCGUCUGGUACGCUACCUUCCACAGUUCCCAAAAAUGGCGGACACCAUGUGUUUAUGAAUAAUGCAGCAAACACUAGUCUUCAUUCUUUGAAUAGCAAUAACGAUUAUAACGGAAAGUCUUCAGUAAGUAGCAUAACAUUUAGUCGUGUGAGGUAG